AUGCAGAAUCAAAUAAAUCAAGUUUAUAAUUCUGGAGACUCAUGUGCCAUAUAUACUGGAGGAUCUAUAAAUAUUGAGGAGAAUUCAUAUAGUUUGGAGAGAUAUGAUGAGCUAUUGCUAUCACAAAGAAGUUCAGAUGAUGGUGAUAAUAUUGAGGGAUCUGAGCUGAAAAGCUCCAAUACCAUGAAACAAUAUACAGAGCAACGGGAUUUGGAAUGUAUAGAGCAAACGAAUUUGGCUUUAACGAAGGGAAGCAACUAUUGGAUGACUAUUUUUAACACUCUAAAUACACUCACAGGAUUUGGCAUACUAUCAGUCCCCUACGCAACUUCUCAAGGAGGAUGGUUAAGUUUAAUAUUUCUGAUUGGUAUCGCACUUAUAUGCUUUUACACGGGGAUACUUGUGCAACGUUGCAUGGACUCAGAUGCACAAAUUAAAACAUACCCUGAUAUCGGUCUGAAAGCAUUUGGUCGAUGGGGGAAAGCAUUAAUUGCUUUUUUGUUAUACAUGGAGUUAUUUUUGUUGACUACGGAACUUCUUAUUUCGUUGGGAGAUAACAUGGAAAAGCUUCUUUCAAAAAAUAAUUUUAAUAUCGGCGGCCUACACAUAAGCAGCAAAAAAAUAUAUAUCCUUUUAGGAGCUAAUAUAAUUCUCCCUACAACUUGGCUACGGAGUCUAAAGUUAUUAUCCUAUUUAUCAUUCACUGGGGUGUUGGGUUUCAGUGUUGUGAUAAUUUCAGUUUUAUGGGCUAGUAUAGAAAGUGUGGGAUUCCAUGAACAUGGAGAGAUUGUAAAUUGGAGAGGAUUUGGAACAUGUAUUGGACUUUAUACAUUUUGCUACGGAGGUCACACAAUUUUACCAACGAUUUAUACAGACAUGAAGAAUAAACGAUUAUUUCCUUACGCACUAGUGGUUAGCUUUUUAUUUGCUACUGUGUGUUAUAGUUUCAUGGCGACUAUUGGAUACUUAGCAUAUGGCGAUAAUUUGAAGUCUCAAGUGACAUUAAGCCUUCCAAUUGGAAAUAUAAGUUCCAAAGUAGCAAUUUUGACAAGUGUGAUGAUUCCACUUGUAAAAUAUGGGUUGAUGGUCACUCCUAUUGCAGAAGCUAUUGAAGUACAAUUUCAAAUGUUGCAUAUAUGGAGUAUAUUAACGGUUCGAACUCUCAUAGUCUUGGGCACCGUAAUAGUGGCAUUAUCUGUUCCAUUCUUUGGAUCUGUUGUUGCUCUUUCAGGCUCUUUCUUCACUGUUGGAUUAUCUCUAAUACUUCCUUGCGUAUGUUAUCUUAAAAUAUUCACAAACUCCCACAAACGGUGUUUUGAAUUAGUAUUGAUAAUUACAAUUAUUGUACUAGGUGUAAUAGUUGCAAUUGUAGGGACAUACACUUCUGUUAAGAAGAUAAUAAAUGCUUUUUGA